AUGCCUGCCGACUGGUUGACGGACAAUGGCAAUGGCAACGGCAACGGCAGCGGUGCUCCGGCGCUGAUUAUAACCAAGAGUAGCAAAGAUGCGACCGCUCCGACAAAAGUUGGACACUUGAAUGAGCUGAGCGCACGUACAACCACCGCGCAACGGUUCGACAGACACGAGCAGAGUAGAGACACAGACGGCACAGUGAACAAAAAAAACAGUAACAAACAAAAACAGCAGCGGCGGCGACAGCGGCAACGACAACGACAGCAGAAGGCAGGCAGCCAGAGUAACAACAACAGCAAUGCUAGCACCGAUGCCAAUGACGACAAAAAGGCGGCCGCCAGCAACACCAACAGCCACAACCUCACCAUCACUAUUACCAUCAGCCACCGUCGCAGCUGCAGCUGCAGCACCAGUACCACCACCACCAACAGCAGCGCCAUUGCCAGCAGCAGCAGCGUCAACAACAAAAGCGCGACAGUAUGUCGGUCGGUGGCAGUGGAAAGCGGGCAAACAGGCAGCAGCAACAACAAGAAUAAGUGUAUUGUGGCUAAGGCUGUUACUGUUGAUGAUGAUGGUGAUGAUGAUGAUGAUGACUAUGAUGACGAUGAUGGUAACGGCAAUGGCAGCACCACAUCAACCUUCGCAAUAGCACAGGUGAAGAUGGUGGCAUAUGCUCAUGGCGUUACUGAGGAUAUUUAA